AUGGAAGACUCUGAUUCUAAUAUUUUAAUAAGAAGAUCAAUGCAUUUAAUUUCAUUUACAGGAUAUAAUAUUAAUUCAACUCUUGGAAACUUCUCAAACGAAACAGCAUUGUUGACUGUUGAUUUAAACUGUGAAAAGUCAUCACAAAGAGGAGAUUAUUAUUUAGCUUAUUAUGACAAUAAUGAAUCAAUUACAAAAUCAUAUUUCCAAAUGGAAAAAAAGUAUUUGAUUCCAACAAAAUCCGGAGUUUAUACGCAGUCCCAAGUUGAAGAUUUCACAAGUUUGCAUCAUCCAUUCUAUAAUGAGCUUGAGUUUGAUCCUUACGAUUUAUCUGAUAAUACUAUUUCAUGUCUUGAUAAUGAAAUUUGGAGUCCUGAUUUUGUAAACUAUGAUUUAGGAUUAAAAUACACAGAUUCAAAAGUUUUUACAAUCCAACCAGGAAAAAGUCAAUGUUUAUAUGGUAAUUUCGUAUUUAAUAGCAAAGAUGAUUUCAUUGCAACUGUUGUAUACAAUGAUACAAAGCAUUAUAAUGUAUAUACGAAACAAAAUGCUCCAAAAACAAUUUUAGAGACAUAUGAAAAUCCAUUCACAAUAACAACAAAAAUUCAUGAUGAAAGAUUGAGCCAGUUAAUCAAAUUGGAAUGCAAAUCUAAAACUGAAGCAUGCAAAGUUCAAGCAGUAAGUGUUUUACCUCCUAUUCAAAAGAGAUUAUUUAUGACGCCAAUGAAAAUAGAAUCAACAUUCACAACAAAAACAAACUUUUCAAUAGAAAAAGAAAUCACUAUUGAUAACGAUGAAAUUGAAAUCUUUUCAAUUACUGUUCAUAACAAUAAGAAAUUUAAUGUUACAGUAAAUAGUGACAAUAAAGAAAUAUCGAAUUAUUUAACUACAUCUAAUGAAUUCACAACAAAUGAAGUUUCACAUAAUACAGUUACUAUUUAUCCAUAUUAUGACCUCUUCAAGUUUAUUCGCGAAGAAGAAAACCUUACAACAUUUAAACUUAAAGCUAAAGUUAAAGUUCAAAUUGUUCCAUCUGAGGAAAAUUCAACUGAAGAAGAGGGAGAUGAAGAAAUCUUCGAAAAUGAUUUGUUUUUAAGAUUGCCAUCAAAUGGAAAUGGAAAUUCGAAGGAAGAUGUCAUAGAAUUUAAUAAGAAGGAAGAAAAGUUAAACCGCGGUUUAAGUGGUAUAAUCCUUAUACUCGCUAUUAUAUUAACAAUAAUUGUUGCAGUUGGAGUGUUUAUAUUUAUUGUAUACAAAGUUAUCGAGAAAAAGAAGAAACAAUCAAUGAAACCAACACAAGAAGAGAUUGUUUCUGAUGAUGAAAACGAGGGAGAGCAACAUGAAAAUAUUAGUAAUAGCUUGGAUUCUAACGAAAUUUGA